UCGGCUUACCGAUGUGAUGCGAGGAACCUUGCGCCGAAAUGUCAACUGAUUCAAUGACUGACAGAUGCGGACAGAGAGAGAGAGGAAUUGUUAUAUUAAAAAGUGACAUGCAAAAUAAGAAACGUGCUUACUAAAUCUAAAGUUAUCUUUCCUAAAAUUAUAUGCGAUAUCUUCUUAAAACUAGCUUACAAUAACCUUAUCCUAUUGAUUAUAUUUAAACCUACUGCUGAACAUUGAAAUUGCUAUACAACUAGCAUAAACUGAAUUAUUCAGCACAUUCAUUAUCGCGGUCGCAGGAUUUGACCAUUGUUCGGUGCACUUGAUGGGCUGAAACUAAUUUUGUAAGUCUUGAAAUAUGAUGCUGUUUGUUCAUUUCAAAUAAAAAUAUUAUUUACAGUUUGAGCUGAUUAAACCAAAACGAGCUGCUACAAAAUUUAGUUGUUCUACUGUAUAUCCGAACAAAUCUCAAAAAAAUUAUAACGAGAUGACUGGAGAAUGCAAGAAGUGCCACGGUCCGGACAAUGACCAAAUGGUAGCCUGUGAUGAGUGUUCCAGUUGGUACCAUUUCGCGUGUGUGGGUGAGUCCCCAGGGGUAGCGAAACGCCCAUUCUGCUGCUCCGAAUGCACGGAAGCUAGAAAGAAGAAAAACAAAAAGACAAGCAAAGUUGAUUCAGCGAAGCUGUUGGAACCCAGAGAUAAAAAAGCGGUAUCAUUAACUGGAGCUUCAUCGAGCAAAAGCGUCACAUCUAAAAUACAUGCUAGUGAGACUUGUCAAAAGAAAACGGCUAAACAGUCAAAACCCUUGGAGGAAAGUGAUGCAAAAUCCGUCGUAACCCAUUCCAGUCGUACAUCGCGAUCACGAUUGGAACUGGAAUUUAAUCGUAUGGCGGAAGAGUUAGUUUUGCGAGAAAAGCAGCUACAGGAUGAGAAAGCGAUUAAGGAUAAAAAGUUGGAAAUCGAUCGUUUCUUCCUUCAAAAGAAGUUGGCACAAGAAAAGGAGCUGAGAGAGAAGGAACUCGCUCAGGAGAAAGAACUACUUGAGCAGCAAUUGAAGGACCAUAUCGAAUUUCGAGACCGUCAACGCCUGCUGCGUGAAAGGUUUCAGAAAGAAAAAUAUGAAAUUUUAUCAGCCAAUUUGGACGAGGAAGGGGCGGUUGGAGGCGAUAUUGGAGAUACUCUACCGGGCGAAGAUGAGGAACAAGAUAAUGAGCAUAAGGUUCAAGACUGGUUAAAUAAAGAAGGAAACCAGAAAAUUCAUAAGCGACAUCCAAAGGUUCCUGAAGUGCCUUCCGUUGUUACGUCAAACCGAACCAAAGAAUCAUCCAAGAUUUCGUGCAAAAGACGGGAUGAUUCAAGCAGUGACUCGUUGGAAGCAAGCAACUCGGAGGGAGAACAAUUCGAUCGUGAGUCUGACCACAGUAAAAUCCCUGGCAGACAUUAUGGACCAAAUAAGGCACAACGAGCAGCCCGCCAAAUUCUUUCAAAAAGGCUUCCCAUAUUCACCGGAAAAUUAGAGGAGUGGCCGCUGUUUUACAGCAGUUUUGUCAAUUCUACAGAAGCGUGUGGAUUUUCACACAUUGAGAAUUUAGUACGCUUGCAGGAAUGCCUGAAAGGGCCCGCACUUGAGGCUGUUCGUAGUAGGCUGCUGCUACCACAGGCCGUACCUCGAGUUAUUGAGACGCUCCGCAUGCUAUAUGGACGUCCUGAGCAAUUGAUCCAUACGCUCCUGAACAAGGUACGGAAAACAGAUUCGCCGAGAGCGGAUCGUUUGGAAACGUUUAUUCCGUUCGGAAUCGCAGUACAAGAACUUUGCGAUUAUUUGGAGGCUGCACGGUUCCAUGAUCACCUCGUUAACCCUCUGCUCAUCCAAGAGCUGGUGGACAAACUCCCAGCACCCACUAAGCGAGAGUGGGUGCAGUUCAAACGUUUUGAAAAGCCUGUCACACUGCGCACAUUUGCUCAGUUUACAUCAAAAUUAGUCGCCGAAGCUAGUGAAGUCACACUCGUAAUGGAUACAAAAACAAAAUCCGCCAAGGGGAGAGGAAAUGAAAAAGGAUUUGUAAGCACGCAUUCAGGUGAGCAAAGCGUGCCUUCUGUUAAACGUAGUAGCCAAUGCCGAAUAUGUCAGAAGGGUGACCACCGGGUGCGAAAUUGUGAAGAUUACCGUCGUCUAAAUCUAGCAGAACGUGUGAGGAUCAUGAAUCAACAGAAGCUUUGUGAACGAUGCUUAAACGAACAUGAGGGUUGGUGCAGAUUUAAAAUUACUUGUAACGUCGGCGAAUGUCGGCAGCACCACCAUCCUCUGGUUCAUCGAGAACGAUCGUCUGGUUCAUCGAAUCACCAUCCUGCUUUGGCACCGACUAAUGGAAUCAACUGUGCACAUGUCAACACUUCAGUAUCAAUCAUCUUCAGAAUCGUUCCAGUUACAUUAUUCAAUGGAACGAGGUCUUUGAACACGCUUGCAUAUUUGGACGAAGGAUCAUCACUUACUCUUAUUGAGCAAAGCCUCAUUCGUGAUUUGAGAGCCAGUGGAAUAUCGCAACCUUUGAAACUUCGUUGGACCGGGAAUAUUGUUCGUCAAGAGCCCAACUCAGAAUGUGUAUCUUUGGAGAUUAGUGGGUUGGACAAAGGUCAACGGUUUGACUUAAAGGAGGCGCAUACCGUGGAGAGAUUAUGCCUACCCAAACAAAAAAUCAACCUCCGUGAGAUUAUACGCCAACAUCAUCAUUUGAACGGUGUGGAUACAGCCGACCUAACUGGAGCUCAACCCAAACUCCUAAUUGGACUAGAUAAUGCCUACCUACUAGCACCUUUGGAGUCCCGUGUAGGAAAUCCAGAUGAACCGAUUGGCGUUAGAUCGCAUCUGGGAUGGUCGGUCUAUGGACCUAGGCAAACCACGACGUCAGAUGCAUAUAUCGGACAUCAUGAUGAAUGUUCCAAUGAGGACCUGCAUAAGCUGAUGCGCAAAUAUUUCAUGAUCGAAGAACAGGAGGGAACAGUUCAUCAACUUCCUGAAUCUGAUGUAGACCGCCGAGCUAGAGAAAUCAUGCAGAAGACGACUAUUAAACUGGACGGUUUCUACGAAACGGGCCUAGUUUGGAGGUUGGACGAUUUUUCAUUCCCAGAUAGUCUCCCGAUGGCAUUACAGCGACUUCGAAGCUUGGAACGCCGUCUGAAUAAAAAUCCGACAUUAGACCAACGAGUUCGACAGCAGAUCCAAGAAUACCAGGACAAAAAAUACAUUCACAAGGUGACCGCCGAGGAAUUAGCUAACGCGAAUCCAGCUCGAGUGUGGUAUUUACCCAUCAAUGUCGUUUUGAAUCCCAAAAAACCGGAUAAAGUACGAUUGGUUUGGGACGCAGCUGCACAAGUGCAAGGAGUGUCUUUAAAUUCCAUGUUACUUGCUGGCCCUGAUUUGUUGGUUCCACUGCCUGCAGUUCUUCAACCAUUCAGGGAGCGAGAAGUCGGUUUCGGAGGUGAUCUGAAAGAGAUGUUUCACCGGUACAAAAUUCGUGAUGCCGACAAGCAAGCUCAGCGCUUCGUGUUCCGCACCAACCGCGAAGGACAACCGGAGAUCUUCAUCAUGGAUGUUGGAACGUUUGGCGCUUCUUGCUCCCCAGCAUCGGCUCAAUACAUCAAGAACCACAACGCCUCCCAAUACGCGGAACAUUUUCCAGAGGCAUCUCGUGCUAUCAUUCGUCAGCAUUAUGUUGAUGAUUACCUCGACAGUGCUGACACCGUCGAGGAGGCUGUGGAGCGCGCUAGACAGGUCCGAUUUAUUCAUUCGCAAGCGGGGUUUAUUGUCCAUAAGUGGAUUUCGAAUUCACAAGUAUUUCUCGAAGAAAUUGGAGAACGUGAGUCGGUCGACAAGGUAUCUCUCCAUCUAGACGAAGAAGCUGUGGAACGUGUUCUAGGGCUUAUCUGGUGGCCCAAGGAAGAUGUCUUCAUGUUCUCAACCGCUGUACGAGAAAAUCUAUCCCCGUAUCUACUUGCUUCGGAUAGACCAACGAAGAGAAUAGCGCUCAGUUGCAUUAUGAGCCUUUUCGACCCUUUGGGCUUGCUAGCACCCUUCACCCUACAUGGAAAAAUAUUAUUACAGGAUCUGUGGAGGAGCGGCUGCGGAUGGGACCAGCAUAUUAAUGACGAUUGCUUCGAAAAAUGGACGUGGUGGAGAAAGUCACUCUCAGGAGUUGAGAAGCUGAAGAUACCUCGAUGCUAUUUAAAAGGAGCUCCACCGUCAGCUUACGAUACCGUACAACUUCACGUUUUCUGUGACGCCAGCUCACAAGCAUAUGGUUGCGCUGCAUACUUCCGUUUAGAAACACGUUUUGGGAUCGUUUGCAGUUUGGUGAUGGCUAAAACCAAAGUAGCUCCCCUGAAGCAACUUUCAAUUCCUCGAAUGGAGCUUCAGGCAGCUGUUCUUGGGGCUCGAUUGUCGAAUACGGUUGUUGCAAACCAUAAAAUAAAAAUCUCGAAACGCAUACUCUGGUCGGAUUCUAAAACUGUGCUAUCCUGGAUUCAGUCCGAUCAAAGGAGAUAUAAACCUUUCGUCGGAUUCAGGAUUGGAGAAAUUCUGCAAGAAACAUCCGUUGACGAAUGGCGGUACAUACGAACAAAGAUGAACAUUGCAGAUAUAAUUACCAAAAAACGGAAAGAAAGUACUUUAACCUCAGACGGAGCGUGGUUUCGUGGACCGAAAAUAUUGUACUCACCAGAAGCAAACUGGACAACAAUAAACGAUACCAGAUACACCAGAGGAGCUACGCGCAUGUCAUCUGUUCCACGGAGCAGAACUGAGUUUGGGAUCAAUUAUCGAUGUCACUCGUAUAUCUCGGUGGAACGUACUGCUUAG